AUGAUGAAUCCUGAAGAUCACCGUACAAGUUGUCCAGGCUUUUUGGAUGAAUACGGUAUAUGGAAUAAUGGUUUCGAAUGUCCUCCGUUAGCUGGUCAAACUCAAAUAUGCUGUGGAUCAGAGUCUCGUCGUUAUUGUUGUACAUUGGAAACUCUUCAUAAAACUUCUAAUGCAUUAAAUCGUCUAGAAAAAAAUUUCUAUUCAACUAUUGAAACAUCAUUACUUUUAACCGAAACAAAAUCUCCAACUAUUGUAACAUUACCGAUACUCUUCACAUGUAUUCUUAUAUUAAUACUUAUUUUGCUAUUAAUUAUAAUUAGUCUAUUUUUCUGGUAUCGUAUUCAAACUCAAAAUGAUAAAAAGAAACGCGAAGUAAAUUCAUCAACAAAAACAAAUUUACUUGCUGAUCAUUUUCCGUUUUCACCUCCACAUCAUUUUUUCAUGAACGAAAAUAGUUCACAUUAUAAUAAUCCAACAUCACUUUUACAUCAACAACCUAAAGAUACAUUAACAACAACGACUAUAGCACCAUCAACAACAACAAGUACAUCGUCAACAUCCGGGCGUAUACCAUCCGAUAUUUAUUUUAAUGAUUGGAAAGAUUUUCUUAUUGCCGGCGAGCAACCAAUGAAUAUUUAUCCGACAAUGUCAUCUCAUAGUAAUGAACCAAAUCAUGAUUCUCAGUAUCGUCAUUCAACUUAUUUAUAUCAUGGUAAACGUCAACAACAUGAUGCUAUUGUCUAA